ACAACACAUCAUAACAUGGCCGCCUUCGCCGCCAGCUCCUCCUCCUACCCUCCGGGCGCGCCGUGCAUUGUGGGUAGGCUAGGGAGGGUGUCUGUCGCACACCGCUUGCUAGUGGGGGUGGGGUUUGGCGAGAGUCGCGCUCUGGCUGGUGUCUGCGUGCGCGCCCAUACACACGCGGCAGUAGGCACGGGAGCGCGCACGGCUGCUGAUGCGCCGCGGCAACAAGUACUGAAUAUGACACUACUUUUGUUCCAAAUUGGAAUGCUAAUAUCCGCUUUUGUUUGCAACCAUGUGGAAGGAAAGCCAGAUCCAAUCACAUACUGCGGAGCCUGCAGGGCAUUGGUAGAUGAGCUGCAGCAUGAAAUUAAGAAAGUGAGCCCGAGUAAGACAAUUGAUGUAGGGUCAUUCAGGAUAAGUCCGGAUGGAACACAGAUACAGAAUAAGAUUCCAUUAGUAAAAUCUGAGGUAUAUCUUACUGACGUUUUAGAACGGAUAUGUGAAAAAAUGGAUGACUACAGUCUCUACAUAGACCCUGAUACUAAGGAAAAGUCAUUCAAAAGAUUUGCUCCAAGGGACGACGAUCCAUUUCCCUCAGUAGACUUUAAUAAUUUCCAAUUCAAUCCUGGUGAUAACAAUCCUUUAAAAUAUGCGUGUGAACGAGUGAUAGAGGAACAUGAAGAUGAAAUACUUUCACUUAUUAUACAUGAGGCAGACAAUUUUGCUGACAAGCUGUGCACUGACAAAGCAGGUUUUUGUAAAGAUAUUCCGCACAGUGAAUUAUAGAGGAUUCAACUACAUUUUACAUUUUUCAAAGAGUCUCUAUCCUGGCAGCGCAAAAAUAUUUUGUGUCCAUUUGCCGUUCACCACUGAUCUUGGUUUGGUCAUCUCUCCAACAUGGAUUUAUACACCGGAGAUUCCAAAAACAUUGAAUAUUAAACAAAGUGUCUUUAUAAUAAUGAGUUUUAGUUUUUAAGUCUCUGUAAAAAAAAAAAAAGUCUCACCUCAUCUUUUUGAUGCACACAGAAUUUUUUUUUUAUUUUUAAUUUUUCAAAAUGUAAUUUCCUAUUAAUAAACAGUGUUUAAAAUAAAUUAUUAUAUUGUUUGUUAAAUUAUAUGUACAAGAGACUCCAUAUGGCAUAUGAUGGGUAGGUGGUAAGAUAUUUAAUGAUCUGGACACUGUUAAUCCUUCACAUAUAUUGUUUUUGUUCCCAAAGUCACAGGAUCUUGCAAAUAAUAAUUAUAACACUGCAUUAAUGAGUAUUGUUAAUUUUAAAAUAUAUUUACGUUUUAUGUUUUUUUAUUUUGCUUUACAUCCUAUGUAGAUUUCUUAUUUACUGUAUUUCAGGGGAACCUGGCAUUUAUGAGGUUAAUUACACCAGUAUUGGAAAUAUUUGUGUUCUACUGUAGCUGCAACCUUGUUUGACCUUGAUUCACAUAUUCCUGCAUCUUGGCUGCCAGCACUGUCCUUCUUAACGACGCACAGAGAAAUUAACCGUGCCCUGCUUUAUUUUAUGUCCUCUUAAGUUAAAGUGGUUUUGGGAUAUAUGUUCUAGUAGAAGAACAUAUUUGAUAUACAAAUGGACAAUAAUUACAGCAAUGCAAGUCAAUCCAGGAAAAUCCCUUAAAACUUUUAUAUCAUACACAUUUCUCCUUAUUAGAUUAUGCUUGGAUUUUAUUAUUGCAGCUCUGCUUACAAAUGCACUUUUUUUAUUUGCUGGGGUAAAAAGUACACUUUUUUUGCCAUUUGAUACUCUUGGUAAUGCUUGUCUCACCACCCAAUUAACAUACCAUAAGAUACUUGAUGUGUUUAUUACGUAUAUCUUUGCCAUAUUUUUAGAUUAGACAUAUGACAAAUGAAAAGUUAAUACUGUGCGAGACAAAUGUUUAGAGUGGACAGUGUUAGCCGCUGAUUAAGAGUCCCUUAACAAAACCAACUAUGGUACCUUACCAAUUCAGAUGUGUUUUUUUAUGUAGCAAUCAGCAGUGGAGCAGGCAAAUUAGCAAUGCAUUUGACCAUGCCAUUAAACAACCACAUUUAAUUAAUUAACUCAACAGUAAUAUAUUUUAACGUGAGGCCAUGCCUUGUGCACCUAUUAAGGAGAUGGAGAGGAAUUUAAUGAUAGUUCUUGUGGUUAUACUGGAGCUUAUUGUAAGAUAUAUUAUAGCAGGCCGUGUAAUGCUGUAUUUGUAUUUGUACCUUGCUUUAAAUUGCUAUUGAUAAAGUAAAGGUUUUUCUUUUUAAUUUCCUUAUGUCAAAAUAUGUAUUGCAGAGCAAUGAUAAUUUUUAAUGGACUUCAAACGUACCACUUUUAUAGUAACAUCCCUGCCUAAAAACUUCUAUUGAACCAUCUGCUGGUUGUUCUAUUAAUAAAGUUGAUCCAAUACCUUCACAA